AUGGGUGGCCUGUGUAGUUGUUUAGGAGACGACAAUCAGAAGAGUUAUCAGGCGCCAACCCCUAAUACUCCUCUUCUGGCAAACAUCGGUAGCGGACCCGGCAAUAAUACCGGAAGUGACGCAAGUAAAACCAGUGGCGGGAAGUCUGCACGACAACAUAAACCUAUCGAUAAAGAAAAACAGUUCUUAACGUCCUUACAGCAGUUAUCGCCCGUGAUAGUUAAUGACCUGCCCAUUCCUUCCCUGAAUAAAACAUUUAAAUACAAUAGUGAAAAAAUAGACCAAGCCAAGCUAUUCAACGAUUUAUUGGAGAGGUUUGAAGAUUUAAGACGAACUUUAAAUGAUUUUAAACAGAUCUAUGAAAAAGAUACGAGGGGGAUCCCAACUUUAAAGGAAUGUAUGAAACUCCUGUCUACAAACUGUGGUGAGGCUAAAAUCACAGGAACUAGAACCAAAUAUUCAGUCAUACUAGAAUACGACGUCAGAGAUGUUUCAGACUGUUGUCAUGGGUUACCAGAAGAUACUCUUGAAUCACUGCAACUCUACAACAAAGCAAAUGCCUUAAUCCGAAAAAUAAUGGAACAGACUCCGCAUGUGAAAGACUCAAUUCAGCUCGUGCUUGAUGAUGAGGAGAAACUACGUCGCGACGUCACCAAGGAAAAUUUAUCCGCAUCUCAAGGACCGGAAGCGUUAAAAAUAUGCGUCAGAAACAUUAACAGUUUGAGAUCGAUUCCAAGUUCAUUAGAAACCAUUCAAAAAUACACAGACAAGUCAUUUAAAGAUUUACUAGAGUCUUCUAAACCUUUCUUCAGUGAUCGUGAAAUCUAG